CCGUGAUGGAUCCGAGGGCUGCUUGUCAUCUGCAGAUGCUCCUCUGAAGACCCUCCAGAGACAGAGACGCCCAGAGAAGGGGUCCUCCGGAUUGCAGCCGGUCCCUCCCAUCGCCCCCCCCCAAUCCUCAGCUUCUUUCUUGUGGCUCAGGGGGGAUCUGUGAGGAGACCGAAGGGGGGGGUCCGAUUUGGAGGGCCAGGCGGCCCCUCUCCUCCUGGACUUUGGCCCCCUCCGGCCAGGCUUCCUGUAUGAGUCUUCCUCCAGCCCCGGAGCGCCGCCGGGCCCCAUUGAUGCCUUGCUGAGCCUGGAGGAGCCGUCGGCCACCAUGGGGAAAUCCAACAGCAAACUGAAGCCCGAAGUGGUGGAAGAGCUGACCAGGAAGACCUACUGACGGGAGAAUCGAGUUCUCCGAAUUCAUCCAGGCCCUUUCAGUCACCUCCCGAGGGACCCUGGAUGAGAAACUGCGCUGGGCCUUUAAACUGUAUGACCUGGACAACGACGGCUACAUCACCAGAAAUGAGAUGCUGGACAUUGUAGAUGCUAUUUACCAGAUGGUGGGAAACACGGUGGAGCUGCCGGAAGAGGAGAACACGCCAGAGAAGCGGGUGGACAGGAUCUUCGCCAUGAUGGACAAAAACGCGGAUGGGAAACUGACGCUGCAGGAGUUCCAGGAGGGCUCCAAGGCCGACCCUUCCAUCGUCCAGGCGCUCUCUCUCUACGACGGGCUGGUAUAGUCCCACCCUCUGCCGGCUUUGGUGAGCAGCCAAGUCUCCGUCCUGGGGGACAACGCAGGCCUCGGGGCUUCGGCCUCUGGACGGCUGUGCCGGGUUCCAAACUCUGCAUUUGAAGGAGAAAAAGGACAGCAGUGUGUCUGGCAUGGUCCGAGUCCUGCUGCUGGACCAGGGGGUUGGACUAGAAGACCUCCAAGGUCCCUUCCAGCUCGGUCGUCCUCCUAUUCUGCCGUCCCCCUCAAAAAAUCCCCGUGAGACUUAGAAGAAGAAUAGUUUUUAUUAUUAUUAUUAUUUGGCUCAGCUUGACUUCCAUCUGGUUUGUGUGGAUGCUCAGGGCAACCACAGCGUCUUCCCCAUCACAACAAUAUUGCCUUUCACUAACAAACAAUAAAACGGCAUCAAAAUCUGAAUCCACCCAAAAUCUUAACCCCUCUUCAAGCCACCAUAAAAAUAGUUCCUUCAACCUUGUGGGCCGAGCCCAAAAUAUCCUGGAUUUUGCAAUAGGAGGCGUUGCAGUAGAAGAAGAUGAGACCAAGAGGAGGGAAAAACCCUUCAAAACCCACGUUUAUUAAAACCAUAAAGGGGAAUAAAUCAUUGUUU